AUGGUUCCAUUAUUAAAAUUAGGAUUAACAUUGGUUUCGCUCAUCAUUGUUGAAUUGAUCGCUGUCGUUGAAUCGAAUACAACGAUGGUAUCAUUUUUGGCCAUAAAUUAUGGAACGAUUAUCAUUCCAGAUGAAAAAUGUGAACAAAUUGUACAAAAAGAGAUUGAAAUUUUAGCAAUCAUUGUAACAAAGAAAAAAAUCUUAAUAUUAACCAGUGAUUAUCAUGUAUUUGAUUUAUCGGCAAAUUUUUAUGAUUCAACAACAAAUACUGUUAAUUUAUUUCAAAAAUCAACUUUAAUGUCUGAUAAAUAUCCAAAACUAUGGCUUGAUUCAAAAUUUGAUAGCAUGAAAUCCACAUUCAAAGAUGUACGUUUUAUUAUCGAUUAUAAAAAUGAUAUUUGGCUAUGUUUUUUAACACCAUUUUUGGCUCCAAAUUCUGGUAUCAAUUAUAAUGUUUACAAUGGUGAAAUUGUCGAUGGUUGGCAUCAACAAAAACAUGAUGCAGAAAUAUUCAUUUCAACUGAUAUUGAUUCUUAUCAAUAUGUUGUACGAACAAAUGAAGGCAUUAAAUUCAAUAUGAUAAAUACGAUAUCAAAAAAUUCUGAUAAUGAUGAUUAUUAUAUUAAUAAACGAUUCUCAACUGUAUGUAAAUAUUUCGAUAAUGCUGAUAGUAAAAUUUAUUUUAAACAAUUUUCACCAUAUGAAAAUUGUGAAAAUAAUGGCCAUUUUGAUGUUGAUUGGUCAAUAAUCAAUGGUUUUGUUACCGAUGGAUUUUUUCAUAUUGUCACAACAAAAGGUGUAUUGAUAUUUAAAGAACAAAUUUUCCAUCGACAAUUUACACCAUUUCCAGUGAAACAACGAUCAUUACAGGAAUUUUUCUAUGUUCAAUUCCUGUUCCAGUUUAUCCAACGAAAUCAUUUUUCUGGCUUAUUGCCAUUUUAAUCAUCAUAUUAAUGUUGUUGUUUUUUAUAAUGUUUUUGAUUAUAAUGGACGGAAAAUCACUUAAACCACCAAAUAAACAUCGACAUCAUGAGAGAAUAUCAUCAUCAUGGAAACAAAAACCAUCAUCAUCGAAAAGAAUUUCUAAAUUUUCAAAAGAAUCACAACAACAACAACAACAAGAUCCGCCAAUAAGUUCAGCAUUUUCAAGUAGUUGUCCAAGCAAAAAUGAUUCCAUUCAAUCAUUUCGAAUGGAUUCGAAAAAUUUGAAAAAAAUUGAAACAAUUUCUAGCCGAUAUUUGCCAACAAA